AUGGCAAACUACAAGUUUAACGUUGCAAUGUCCUGCGGUGGCUGCUCUGGUGCCAUCACUAGAGCCUUGAACAAAGCAAAAGAGGAUCCAAACGCUGGAAUUGAAGACUUUUCAGUGGAUUUAAAUGCUCAGACUGUCCUUGUCAACGGAUCAGCAAGCUUACAAGAUGUGCAAGCUAGAAUAGCCAAAACAGGCAAAGAGGUUAGAUCUGCCGACCAAAUAUAA